AUGCCCAAAGCACACUACGUGACCGAGGGGCAGCCGUUGCUGCAGACGGCGCUUUACCAGCAGAAGUUGAAGCUGGGGAUCUACACCACCCCCAUCAAGUCUGUCGGCGUCCAGCUGAACGCCCUGGACACGGCGGCGCUCUUGGCGGCGCUGGCCGACUUGACGGUGCGCCCCGCCUACGAGCGCACCGUGGCGCAAGAAGCCCACCACGCAGCGACGCUGGCCCGGGCCCCCGCCGUUCGUGACCCCCGCGCCGACGAACAACUGCGUACCGGUACCAUCAAGACCACCGGCACCGGGAUCCCGUCGUUCAACCACAGCGGCAUCUACACCCGCGCCGCUAAGCAGCUGACGGGGACGAUGACGCUGCGGAUUUACCCGGAGCACAACCAGCAGCGCGGGGGCAUUGCCACCUCGCAAUUGGCUCGCCGCGCCGCCGACGCUCUGGGCGACGCCGCCGUGCUCGACAUCACCAAGAUUAACGAGGUCGCCGGCCUCAAUUCGCUGAAGCUGUUGAACUCGCGGUUUAACCCCGACUUGGACUACCGGUCGGGGCUUGCCGCCCACCAGCCGGCCCAAUUCCUCAACAACAAGGAGGAGUCGUUGGCGGCUAAAGGCGCCGCCGCGUCGCUUAAGGAAGGCUACACCCACAGCGUCGCCCAACAAAAGCGCGCCAACACGUUUUCGGCUCAGGACGCCAUCAACCCUAACUUAUUGGCCGCGGCCAACCGCCAGGCUGCCGAGCGGCUUAAGCUGAUCUCGCUGCUGGGGUCGCCUCAAGACUUCCGCAACCAGGCGCAAUUGUACGCCAACGCGCUCGCGUUGGCGCAAAAGCGGUCCCAUGAACGGUUGGAAAAGCACGCCCGCGGUGACAUUGACUUGGGUUUGGGCGCCACCAUCACCGAGGCUGAACUCAAUGCCAUGGCCCAGCGGAUCGUGGGCCCGGUGUUGCAAGACAUCGACGCCAAGGCGGCGUCGCAACGUAAGCACGCCGAGACGUUGCGGGCGGAGCGUGAGCACUUGACCCACCAACACAAGCUUGCCAAGGAAGAGGAAAAGGCGAAAAAGGCUAAGGAAAAGGCCGAGUUGGAAGCGGCCCACAAGAAGCGCCUUGCCAACCACGCGUUGAUGAAGCAAGAAGCAGAAAAGGCCCACCAAGAGCUGCUCACUAAACUCGACGGGGAAAUUGAAGCCGCCACCCGCGACUUGCGCGCUACCGAACAGAAGCACGCCGAAAACAAGGAAGCCUUGGACAAGAAGAAGGUCGACGUCGGCAAGGAGCUCGACGAAAAGGAAGCGGCUAAGCGUGCCGAGCGCGAGCAAGAGUUGAAGGAUUUGCAAGCGGAAAAGGACGAAGAAAUCAAGCCCCUCCACGCCGAAUUGGAAGAACACAACGCCAAGCUCACCCAGGUCACCGACGCCCACAAGGAAGUGGAAAACGACCACAACCAAGCUCGCGACACCAACGCCGAAUUGUUGGAACAAAUCAAGGCAUUGGAACAACGUCUCGUCGAGCAACAAGACGAAGUGGUCAAGUACACUGAGGACUUGGCGACGGCCAAGCGCGAACGGGCCGAGACGACCGAAGACAUCGAGGUGUUGGAGAAGCGGUUGGAUGACCAAUUGGCGUCGGCCAGAACCGAGGCCCACGAGCUCGACGACGAGAUCGACGACCUCAAGCGUCAACAAAAGUCCCAGGAACAGGCGAAGCAGGCUAACCGCCAGAAGGUCCAGGCUCACGUUGACGAACGGGUGAGAGAUGAGCGCAAGAUCCACGAAACCCUCCCGGAGCACUUGCGGGGCGAGCCCGACGAAGCCAAGUGGAAGGACACGUCGUCGUUGUUCACGGUUGAAGAACCCGAACCAGUGAAGGAAGAACCGGUGAAGGCGGCAGCCACCGAAGCGAAGUCGGCGGUCACCACUGACGCUAAGGAUGCUACUACCGAAGCUAAGAAUGCCGCCACUGAAGCCAAGGACAGCGCCACCUCUGCGGCGAAGGAUGCUACCGCCGCCACGGAAAAGAAAGCGACUACCACCACCCCGUUAUCGCCGUCCAAGCAAAAGGUUAAGUCGUUGAUCCCCGACGACAUCGAAAUCAAGCCGGCUAAACCCGCGGCUAAGACCGAAGCGAAGGCUGAAGCCAAGACCGAAGCUAAGCCCAAGACGGAGGCGAAGCCCGCGGCGAAGGCCACCCCGACCACCCCGAAGAAGGACACCGCCGCGAAGUCCCUGGAUAAAGAUCAGCGUGAACAAAACCGGCAAAACUUGAAGUCUCUGUUCAACAGUACUAGCGGCACUAAGGAAAAGAAGAGCCGCAAUCCGUUUGCCGGCUUCUUCUCCAGUCCCAGUGGGCAGAAGCCGUCGUCCCCGACGAAGCCCGCGGCGAAGACGACCGCCACUAAGACUACGACUGCGAAGCCCGCGACGACGACUAAAGCCUCUGAGCCCAAGAAGACGGAGACCAAGACCGCUGCCGCUACUGCCACUGCUGACAAGGCCAAGGCUGCCACUGCUGACAAGGCCAAGGCUGACACUACCGCCAAGACUGAGGCUAAGGCUGCUGAGCCCAAGAAGGAAGUGAAGGUUGACACCACUGCUAAGCCCACGGAAACCAAGGCCGACGCUAAGAAGGAAGCCACGGUGGCUGACACCAAGGUCGACUCCAAGACCGAUGAGGUCACCGACAAGGUUGCUGACAAGGUCGACUCGAAGGUUGACUCUUCGUCCAAGCCCCUUGAUGCCAUCGCCGCUGACACUAAGACUGACACCACCAAGGCGGCUGACACUGCCAACGCUGACGCCACUGCUGCUGACAAGUCGGCGAAGCCCGUUGAUGCUGUCGACUCCAAGGUUGACAACAAACCCGCAGACGCCUCUGCUGACGCGAAGCCGUUCACGGCUAAGCCUCUCGACGCCAUCGACUCCAAGCCCCCUGCCCCCAAGGUGAGCGACGCUAAGGUUGCCGACGACAAGCCCCUCGACGCGUCGCACCUUAAAUCGAAGCCCAUCGACGCCCUCGACGAAGAUUUUCCUCUCUAUACUACCCCCGCGGACUCCAACGCGGGGAAGACUGGUGUCGCCGGCGCCAAAGACGUUGACGCCUCGACCAGCGCCGACGCCGCUAAGCCCUCGACGACCUCUUCGGACGAGGCGAAAAAACCUCUUCAACGUGAACCGUCUGACCUCUCCGAUGAGUUCAGCUUGUCCACCCCAAAGAUUGAGGAACAAGGUGUUUUCAGGGAAGAAAUUUAG